AUGACCAAGCUGCCGAAGCCGCCCGUGGACUGUAUCUCGCGCGUGCGGUUUACUCCAAUCGAAGGAAACGUGCAGUUUCUUGCAGCAUCUUGGGACUGCACAGUGAGGCUUUACGACGCGGGUACCCACCGACUACUUGGACAGCACAAGCAGUCACUGCCCAUCCUGGAUGCUGUAUUCUUCGAGGGCUCUGCAAAGUGCGUGGCCUCCGGCCUGUCCAAGAAGGUCAUUUUAUCU